AUGAUAGGAUCAGACCGACGAUGGCGCAAUUGCCAGGGCUUUUACAAGUUGUCGGCUCUCAUGCUUCUACCCUGGAUCGUUCAUGUCAUCUCCCAGCACAGUCAAGGCAUCAUGUUCAGCACAUAUCGCAUCGGCACGGUUACCGGUGAAGAGCACAACAUGAGAUUACCGAACAGAGGCGUUCCGGACGCGCGAGCUGCCUCAAACACUCGAGACCAAACGAACAUGGACCCUCUCCGCUUUUGGGACGUCCGGAGUCUGAGUGAGAUAGAGAGGCGAGCAGCCGCUGACGCUUGCGACGAAGUCGUUUUGGGCCUGUUCCAGCGAUUAGGCUAUCAGUGGCCAGUGCCAAGCGAGCAGCAAAAGACCGACAAUGCCUUGGUCUUUAGCAAGAUUGAAGAGUGGGCUGAUCGGGAAUUGAAAUCAUGCGACCUCGACGCAAAGACCGUCAAGAGGCUCGUUGAUUUUGGAGUCGCCUGCGGCUGCAUGUUUUACCCGCACGGCUCGGUCGAGAUCAAGUUCCUCAUGUCGCAAAUGACGGUCCUGGCAACCGCAUUGGACGACAAGCCUAACCAUCACGACAUCGUGCAUCACACUGAGCGUUAUCUCUCGCACGACUACGGUGAAAAUGAUGCAGCCACGCCCGCGAAAACUUUGCUGCGCCUCUACGCCGAAGGUGUGAAUGAGAUGGCUGCAUACUUUGAAGCCGACGAUGGCCUGACAGCCAGUCUCAUUCGUGCUUCGUUGGAGACUUAUCUUCUAGGAUGGCUGCUCGAAGCCAGAGUUCAUGGCAUGCGCGUCGCAUCGGACAACGAUGGACCCCAAGCUAGUCCCACAUUCGCGGACUGGGUGCGCGGCAAAAGCGGGAUCGGCGAUGCUUACGUGCUGGCUAUCUUCAAGCCGAACAAGGAGACCAAGAUUGGGAUGGACCGUUGGUUGUCCUGCGUGACGGACCUCCAAUGCUACACAGGUUAUUUUAACGAUGUCAUGUCUUUACGCAAGGAAAUUCUCGAAGGAGAUGCGGGCAACUACAUGAACAUCAAGACUCGCAUCAGGCAUCUUUCAGGGGAACAAGGGACGACUCGAGCCGACAAGAAGUUUUGCAUUCGUGAUAUGCUCAAUGAGACGGUCGCUGAGGUGGAGCAGGCUGCAAAGCGCAUCGAUGCCCUUAUCAAGCACGCCAUCCCCGAAAAGCUGCAUCUGUGGCACGGCUACCGCCAUGGCUACAUCCUAUGGCACCUCUCGAUGCCUCGCUAUCAGCUCGAAAAUGUAGCUCGCGAUCUCCGUGGAGUCGAGUAG